AUGUCAGACAUGGCUCACAACAAGGAGUACCAUGUGCGAGACUUGGCCACUAGAUCGGUCACACUCUAUCCCAACAGUGCCCAGGUCGUGAGGGACUUGCGCAACCUACAACUGAAGCCCGGCGCUAACGAAAUCACCAUACUUGGUCUUACACCCACAAUUGAUGAGUCUACAAUCAAGGUAGAUGGGGCCGGCUCAGCCAUCAUCACCGAUAUCGCCAUUGAGCUUGUUCCCAACCGCGAGAGCUUCCAAGAUAUCUACCCCGACUCUGAUGACGAAAUGUCGGAUGCCGACGUUGCUCACGAUGAAGACGGAGAAGAAGAAGAAGAAUCCGAAGAGAAGGAACCUUCGCCCCUCGACAAAGUGCGAGCCCGGAUUAGACAACUGAGAGAUGAGGAGCGCAGCGCCAAAGAAGUAGUCGAAAGCGCAGCCAAUCGUCUCAAGAUCCUCGAUGCCCACGGAGCUUCACUCGAGAGCAAAGAAGGUGUCAACAUCGCCGACAGCAUCGAAACCUACCGAGCCGAGCGAGAACGGAUCUUUCAUGACCAUGUAGCCGGAGUCACCCGCGGUCAAGACAACAUGAAGCGCCUCAGCAUCGCUCUCAAGCAAGAGACUCGGCUCGUGAAGAGGCAAAAGAGAGAGGCGGCGGACGCGACUCGUGCAAUGAAGAAAGCCCGGAAAGAGCGGGACAGGCAGGCGCAAAAGGAUGCUAGGGAGAAAGCGAAGUUACAGAAGGAGAAAGCUCGGAUUCGGUCGGAGCGGGAGCGCUUCUGGCCUAAACUGUGUUACUCUGUUCGGGUGUCUCUCGAGGUGAUGGCUUUCACUCCAUCAUCCUCUCGUCGUACAUCGGUGUCGAGUGAGACAGCCCAGGCUUGGACAUCGGCUUCUCAGAAGACCGACGAGGGAAAAGACAUCCAGUGCGACUUAUCACUGUCAUAUAUGACUUCUUCCGCGUUCUGGGCUCCGAGCUACGACUUGCAACUGUUCACCACAAACAACACGGGCAUUUUGUGCUACGACGCCCGCAUCACCAACAAAACUUCCGAGACGUGGAGCAACUGCAAAGUCGUUCUUUCGACUUCUCAAGCCACAUUUGCCGGACUCGAGAAUGCCAUACCCACGCUCAAGCCUUGGAACAUCAAGCUGGCACCGAAAGAAGGCAACACGAACGGGACGGACAUUCAUUCUAGUCGGGAGGAACGCCAGCAACGGAGUGAAUGGUGGCGUGCUCAACAGACCAAAGCGCAGCCCCAGAAACCUCGUAACGAUUUGUUCGGCGUGGACUACAAUAAUGCCAGCAACACCGCCGCGAAUCUGUCGGAUUACCAGCAGCGCCUGAUGGUACUUCGACAGGAUUCAAAGAACCCACGACGGAUGAUGUACGCAGCACAAGAGCAAGAUAAGACACAGCACCAGGAUCAGAUACAAGCGCAAAUGCAGGCACAACAGAUGCAGCAGAUGCAGCAGAUGCAGGCGCAACAGAUGCAGCUAGGUGGGUCAGCUCAUGUGUCGAGACUUCAGGAGCCAGGUCAAGAGCCCAUGGGGUCCGAAGCGUCCAACGAAGACGAGAACCUCGAUUUCCAAGACUCGACUAUCGAAGAGACGGGAUUCACUACGACCUACGACCUCCCAGGCACAAAGACACUGCCGCCUCGCCCUACGGCAUCCAAGCAGCGUGUCGCUCGCCUCAACUUCUCCAACAUCGCCUUUAGCCAUACCAUCAUUGCGAAGUACAAACCCGUUGCAUACCUCAAAGCACGAGUCCGAAAUAACAGCCGUCUCACUUUGCUACGUGCCGAGGCAGGUCUUACUCUCGACGGCACCUUCAUGGGUCGCACCCACUUGCCGCGCUGUAGCGCCGGGGACGUCUUCUCCCUGGGUCUCGGCAUCGACCCGGCGAUCAAGGUCAACUACCCCAAGGUUGACGUCCGACGAACAACGACAGGGCUCUUUUCCAAGGAGAACAGCUCUGUAUACAGUCGCAGCAUCACCGUUUUCAACUCCCGUGCUUCGGCGGGUAAACCCGUCUCGCUUCUUGUGCUUGACCAGGUUCCCGUGUCGGAAGAUGAGCGUCUCAAAGUCGAUAUCUUGGCACCCAAGGGGCUUGUUGUUGACGGUUCAGGCGUCUCGACCGGGCAGCCCGCUCGCGAGAGUAAGCAGGAUGUCGACUGGGGCCAGUCGACGGCAACGUUGAAGGGACGCCAAGGUCAGGUGGAGUGGCAGGUGAAGCUCAAUGCUGGCAAAGCUGUGAAGCUUGGCUUGGAGUAUGUCGUUGCACUCCCUACAGGAGAUUCGGCAAUGGAAUGUUCGUAG